UCAUCAUUACCUAUCUUAUCGGAUAGACAGAAUUUAUAGUUCUGAACUCAUCUAUCCUAUCCAUCUAUCCAUCCAUCCAUCCAUUCAUCCCACCUCAAUCCAUCUUUUCCGCCCCUUCGCCCCCUCUCAUAUCUCGCUGGGCCAGGAUAUUCGCGUCUCGGUAUUUGUUGUCUACCGUAGAAUUCUUAGUGUCUUCUCCACCUUCACUUCCGACAAAAAUAACAUAAUACGACCAAAUCGGCGACGACAAACCUUUACUCGAUAUGUCAAGCCGGAAGAGAAUAUCACAAGCUUGUAAACCAUGUGGCGUUAAGAAAAUAAAGUGUGAUGGCGGGGCUCCCGUGUGCGGCCCUUGUCUAAAGAGAAACGGAGAAUGUUCGUAUGGUAUAUCAAAACGUGGGCAUUUUCCACGAAAGUUCAAUGAUGAUAGAAGCCCAAACACUGCCGGUCGUGAAAACUCAUCUAAUUCAUCACCUGUUCAACAACCUUUAGGAGGUAAUCGCCUUCCUAUUACGUUCUCUGACACACCACCUAUUCUCCAAGGCUCUCUUAGGCCAUCUUCAGGCUAUACCCAUAGCUCAUCAUCGCAAAGAAAAGAUGCCGGACCAAGGAAAUACCCUUUCAAUGCUGAGGUAACGAGGCGUUUGUUUCAAACUUACUUCGAUUGUAUUCAUCCACUAUGGCCGAUUUUGUACAAACCAAUGUACACUUCAUUCGAUUACACGUAUCCUUCACCAAGCAUCCCAAAUGUCUUAGCAUGUGCAAUGUUCGCCAUCGCGGCCUGUGUAGAAAAGCUUCAACCUUCUCCACAGCCAUUAGAUGAUCCGCACGUCAUGGAAUCGGAAGAGCCUCGCUUUUAUUUCGAGGAAUCCCUGAGCUUGCUACAAAGAAGUAGUGAUACCAGUGAUAAAUCAUUGAAGAAUGCUUUCACUCCUUCAAUCGCAAAUUGCCAAACAUUGAUAAUCCUUUCGCUGCAGCAACAUGGUGUAGCUGAAUAUUCCCGAGCGGCGAUUUUCUGUGGACUUGCGUCAUCAAUGGCUGUCGAGUUACGCUUGCAUAGGCCUCACGAAGCGCAUGGUCCACAGCGUGAAAUUCGCUAUCGUCUCUGGUGGAAUCUAUACAUUCUCGAGAAGAUGAUUUCUUGUGAGAUGGGGAGACCAGUGAUGUUAAGAGUCGAGGAAACUGACACUCCAUAUCCAUCUACCUCCGAGGCGGAUGAAUUUGAACUACUUCCCAGUAGAAUGAAGCGACAGAAUACAACUAACAUGCAUAUUCUUGGCAAGAUGCAUACACUGUCAGUCCUUGUGACGACUAUUCAACUUUCAGUCAUAAUGGAAAGACUUUCGAGGGAAGUGUAUGGAUUGGUGAGCCGGAGAUCAAUUCGGGAUGAUCCAAGUUUUGGUGAAGGAAAACGCAUGGAAUUAUGGUCUUCUUUUCAAAAGUGGGAGAGUGAUACUGAAGCUUCUCCCUUACGCUUAGAUUUGAGCAGCCAUUUAACAUCAGUCCCUGGUAUAGUUACUAACUAUGUUGUUAUGCACUCAGGGGUGAUUCUUUUACAUCGCCCUUUCAUUGCUCGAUGGAUAUCAAAUCCUGCAAAUAACAAUGCUUCGGCGCACCCACUAAAGAUUUGCCUGAAUAGUGCGAAUGCAAUUUGUACUAUCUUAGAGAAGUACUUCGAUGAUUUCUAUGGCCUGCCAUGUGACAUGGUAUUUAGUAUUUUUACAGCUGCAAGCACGCUUUUAUAUCAAUCAAAGCAACCAGACGGAGGUGAUAAUGCAGAAUCACAACGCCGCCUUAAGAUGUGUAUUCACUGGCUUUCUGUUCUCGGGAGAAGUUGGAAUAGUGCUGGAGCCCGUCAACAGAUUUUGGUAGAUUUAUCAGCAAUGCCACGAGAUGUUAACAUGACGACCCUAGUAAAUGCAGCCGCAGCUGUCGAUGCCCAAGAAUCAACAUCUUCACAGCUUCUAUCUGAGCAGGAAUCAAUGUAUGCUCGACACUCGACAGCAGAAACUACUCCUGGCACAGCGAAACCUGGAGCAGUAGAGGACUGGGAGUUUUUGAGAGGAUUUGGAGAUUCUUCCGAUGAAUUUUAUAUUCUAGAUGAAGAACUUCGAGUUUUACUUGAGAGUGAUCAGCAGUGGAAUCUCUAAGUUCCAUGGCUCAAUUCACGAAAACGACGUCAUUACGCUCAUCAAUCUCGGUUCUAUAAUACUACCACCUCUACAUUUCAAUAAUCCCAACGGGUCCAUUAUAAUCCCGUCUUCCUAAGCAGAAAUAGAAUAUCGCACCGAAAAACAACCAUCCACCCAUGACAACCACGCUGUAGUUCAUAUUCUGUGCGGUGACAGGCUGCACACUGGGAAAAGUGCAAAAUAAUAUCGCCACGAGGAGCCAAACAACAGCAAUAACAUUGACUAGCAAUCCCAAUGUAUCACCUAACCUAAAUGGUCCGUAUUGGCUUCUCUUAAUACUCUUCCUACCACAGAUUAUCAUGUAGAUAAUUGGCACAAGAUAGGAAGCAUACAUUCCCAGAACGGACAUUGAUACGAUGGCAUUGAAUGCAGUACUAUUCCCGAGGUAUAUCAGACCAAGCAACAUUUCCACUAUAGUCAGUGCUACAAUAGCACGAACAGGUACUUGUGUGGUCGGGCUGAUGUGAGCGAAAUACUUCGAGUAUGGAGUUGCGGAAUCCCGAGCAAAUGCCCAAUAUGUCCUUGAGGUUGAGGUACAACCAGCCGCAUUGGCAGCUAUGGCAAUAAAACAGACAACUAGGACCAUGAUUGUUGCUCCAGCGGUAUUAUUCGUGACGUUCUGAUAUAGCUGCAUGAACGGGAAGCCAGUCGGAGAUGCAAGUACUAGAAUUACAAGUCGCCAAGGGAAUACAAUAGCAUGAUGCAAUACCCAAGUCCCAAGAUUCCAUUCACAGCAACACUCCCGACCAUAGCAAUUGGAACAUCUCGUGCAGGGCGUGGCAUCUCUUCUGCUAAAUGACAAGCCGCAUCAUAACUUUGUGGAUCAAUCAGUACAAAGUAAUAUGGGGGCUAUGCUACAACUUACCCAAGGAAUGGAUAUACAGCACUCAAGAGACCCACAAGCCAUGAUACCCCGUCACUUUCCCAGCCACUGGUAUUCGUUACUUCGGUAAAAACAAAAUGAGCAUCGUGCUUGGGUGCCAUUGCUCCAAGUACUGCCAUGAUUGCUACGAGACCGGUUAAAUGUAGAAUACCUAAGACUAUCAGCUCUGUUGGACUAUCUUGUGCUUUGGAGAAAGUUACCUGAUGCUAAGUUUGUGUGUGGAAGUAUCUUCGAUCCCCAUAUGUUCACAGCAGCAGAGUAUAGAAGGACCAACCAGUAGAAUAGCAUACCCUGCCAUCUUGUUGGCACAUAGCUAUCUGGAUUAUUGAGUGUUACGAGGCCUUGGAAUUGCAGUCCUGCGGAAAAUGCCGCUGAUGCUGUAAGAACGAUUUGCCCACCAAUGGAGAUCCAGCCUGUGAACCAGGAUGCAAUCUUCAUUUGACUUUUUGGAGCGAGAGCGGCGACGAAAUGAUAUUGUCCUACGUUAUGUCAGCGUUAGGCAAUAUAUUUGUUUGUUGGGUUAUUCCUUACCGCCAGCAGUCGGCCAGAUGGACGCAAUUUCAGCUAGUGAUGAUGAUAUCGCCAAACUCCCGAUCAACGAAAUACAGCUGCACAAAUGUUAAUGAGAUUCGUCUCGUUUGUAUGUCUGAUAUAACUUACUAGUUAUAGAAAAGACAUGGGGCUCCGCCGUUUGCCAAUGCUGCUGCUACAACGCUAGAUAACGCUUCCCAAGUUGCCAUCAAGCAAAGACAUAAUGAGCCAAGUGACCAGACCGAAAAUUCUUUGCGUAGUUCCUCUACAUGCCCUGUCACUAGAGCUUCCCCCUUUUCUUCUUCCGUUCCAAUUAAUGACGGCCGGGACGCUUUUAGCAUGUCCUCCUUCUUGUACUCGCUUUCGAAAUCCAUGUUGAAAGAAAACUUUACAAUAUAUGUCCAAAUCAAUAUGGUUGAAGUUGAUUGUACAACACCAGAAUCAAAACAAACAUUUCAAAUCAAGAUAGGCGAGAAAACGAGGAGGUGUAGGACACUCCAGGCCUAUCUCUAUCUCAAUCUCAAUCUCAUAUCAAACCCCCAAGCAACAGAAAGCGGACCUUUUCCGUUAUCAAGCCCAUACAAGGACUGUAAUUUUGAACUUGUCAUCUUGAGCUAGUCCGAAAAAGCUUAAUAAGACUGAAUGCCGACGUUGAGACGAGAAUGAAACGUCUGCCAUGUACAAUCCUCACAGCAUAACAGCGCUAGUGGAUCCUAGUAUUUGGGACAAUCGGUCAUGAGAUUGUUGAUAGGUAUUACCUAACUAACGAUACCGGGUAUUCAGAGAUACCCGGACCCGUGUUUCGACGACAACCGAGAUACCCGAGAUAAACCGAUGGAGUUUUUUUAUCUACCAAUCAUGUGCGAGAUGGAAUGGAGCGUGCAAUCGGAUGAGUUGCAUUUAUGUAAUGUGUAUCAUUUCCAAGCCGGGUAAGUGAGCGCGAUGUUGGCACAUAACCGAUAGUAUGAAACGUUUACCACUGACUUCGUACCACGCUUUGUGACUAU